GUUCCACUUGCAUGUUUCUAGUUGUUUACCAUCCCGACCUCAGAAACAUAACUCGCCGGCAAAUUUCUCUGUGUCCACCUUAUCCAUCGUCCUGGAUUUCUUCGCAUAUCCGAGAUAUUCGGCUUUCUACAGAGCAAAGAUGGCUUCUAUUGAGGCUGAGUUUACGGAGGAGAGAGCCAUGUUGAUCCAGCGCCUAAUCAAAUCCACCAAGGUUCACUCAGUCGACAAGGCGAAUCAUGCCUUUAUUUGGCUGUCUGAUAUGGAGGUGCUGCGAGGAAUGGUAAGACAUGCGGAGUCCGGAACGUAUAGCGCGAACCAGGUGGCUUUGAGUAUUCGGGCGGGCCCACACGUCGUCAAACAGUUGAAGUCCUGGCUUGCCCGUCGUACAAGCAAAAGCGACACCGAUGAAGCUGCCGACGUUGAACCGGCUACCCCGUCUACCCCGUCUACCCCCAUACCCGCUACGGGAGAGUCCCCCCAAUCCUCGCCUACCACACCUUCCAAGAGAAAGACUAGCAAGUCGGAGUCCCCCUCGCCAACCAAAAUUCCUCGUCUUACUAACCCUGGACUUCAACGGUCCAAAACUGCGAAAGAUAUAGCUAAAGCCCGAGAUAACGGCCGUUGUGUUGUGACCCAGAUGGGGGAGCCAGUCCAGAUAUGUCAUAUUUACCACCACUCAAUGGGGAAAAAGACUGAGGGUGAGCGGGAUGAGUUUUGGGGACUACUGCUAGCAUUCUGGCCCGUCGACAAGAUUGAGCAAUGGAAGAAUGACAUCUUUGGGCCCAAGGGCACAGAGAUACCCCAAAAUCUCCUGUGUUUAUCUAACAUUGUACAUGAUCUUUGGAGCAAAGCCCGGCUUGCUUUUGAACCCGUUGAAAUUACGGCGGACGGAACCUCCCUCACUAUUCGCUUUUGGUGGUUACCGGGCACCAAGCUUUACGGGCGUGUGGCACUUUGUGACCCUCCGUCUCUCCCUGCAUCGUUGAAGGCGAGCCCUUUGAAUGCCAAAUUAUGGAAUUGCGAAACUGACGCGCCCAUAUAUUCUGGUGAAACUAUAGUUUUGACUACUACUGAUCCUGUAGCCAUGCCACUCCCUUCUUUUGAACUUCUGCAUAUGCAGUGGAUGUUAACCCGUGUUGCUGCACUUUGCGGUGCAGCGGAUGUGUCAGAUGAGGACCUGGAAGAUGAAGACUUUUGGUCUGGGGAUGAGAUAGCAAGUCCAAUUCCUGAAGCAUUGCCCCCAACACUCGCAGAAAGUUCCCUCUCCCAACUCCCUGAGCGCCCCCGCCGCUCCAAACUCCCGAGAUCCUUCGAUCGCCAGGCAACAUCUGGAGAAAAUCGCCCCCCUACCCACUAUCCCAGAGUAUCCUCAAAGGUACGGGAGCUGGCUGCCACAGAUGAUACAUCUGAUGUCCCCUCUGGUCAUCUCAGUGAUUGAUAUACGCGGGGCUUGUGGUCCUUUCAGAGAAGCUUUUAGUUAUACCAUGCAAAUUACGGUCGUUUUAAUGUUUUUAUAUUGGCACCCAAAUUGUCUGAAUUAGCCAAAUGCAGAGGAGACCUAAUAUCAAUGUUCCUGCAG